AUGGCUGUGCCGGGGAACGCUCCAUUCAAGGUCUACCCUUCUCAUUCUUUCAGAAUCGAUCUCGUUUGAAUUGCCUGCUCUGAGACGGCCGAGCCAGUGGGUGGAGCCGUUCGUGAUUCUGGAGAUUUCGCCGUUGAUCUUGCUUUUCCUUGGCUUAUUAAUGCGGAUUGUUGGUGAUGAGCUAGGUUAUAUUGGGCUCGGCUUCGGCGACCCGCAGGCAGAUUUUGGCUGAGAUGGGAUACGAGUUUACGAUCAUGGUUAGUGCCGACUCCCCGAGCCCUUUCAUCAUUUCGAAGAUUUCCCCAGAGUUUUGUUUUCCGUGGUUUUGAUUCCUUCUGAAUUGGGUGAAGACGGCGGACAUCGACGAGAAGAGCAUUCGUAAGGAGAAGCCCGAAGAACUGGUCAUGGCGCUGGCGGAGGCGAAGGUCGGGUAGCCUUUUUGGUGACUGUUUUUUUUGGCAUGGAAAAUGUCGCGAUUAGUUCAUAUUUUUUAACCGUUUACGGAUCUGGUUUCUCAAAAAGGGUAGUGCUAAUGUUGCCGCGUCUGCAUUGCUCAGGCUGAUGCCAUUAUAUCAAGGCUUCCAGCUAGUAACUACAAGGAUCACGAAGAACCAACACUCUUGAUUACUGCUGACCAGGUGUGUCUCUUUGGUUCGUCCAGUAAUCCAUGAUAUAUAUACAUAGACAAACAUAUUUGGGUUUGGUUAGCCCACAAGGUGUAAUAACCAAACAUAGAUACGACGUGCCUUUGAAUCUUGAUUAUUGUGUCAUUAUUUUUAGCAUCUGAGGAGUGUGAUGCCCAAAAUAGAUAAGCAUCUGAGGAGUGUGUCAUAAAGAUUCUGUAUCUUCGGGAAUUUUUUAGUUUGAAGAUAAGAAAAUGGACCAGUUUGUUCCUUGUUUUCAAUGGAAGAUCCUACCAUAAUUUCUACGCAUUAAAUAAGAACCAUUGAUUGUUGUUGUGGUCAUUCUUACUUUGGAUUCUGUUCGAAAGAACGAAAACCUAGAUUAAUCGGUUUUGUUGUAUUUGAUGAUUAAAUCUGUCUUAGGAUGUGGGAUUUCCAGAUUAUGGUAGGAUCAUGGAAAGAAGGCCUCGGAGCCGAUUUUUCUAUUAUGUCGGUUGGGGAUCAUCUUUGACCCAAUUUUAUCUCCUCGAAUCUAGAUUAAUCUGUUUUCUUGUAUUUGAUAAUUAAAUCUGUCUUAGGAUGUGGGGUCUCCAGAUUAAAUCGCGUGAUCAUGGAAAUAAGGCCUUGGAACCAACUUUUCUAUUGUUUCAGUUGGGGAUCAUCUCUGACCCCAAGUUUACCCCCUCAUGGUGUAAACUUGGAUUAUUUAAAGCUAAUUUUACCCUGGAAUUGAUCUCCAUGUCUAUUCUUUACACUUGUGAAUUAUUUUAUCGCAAUCGAUCAAUUUUAUCAAGAAAAAAAGUUAUUACUUUUUCUUGUUUCCUUUUUCAAUUAUCUUAAAGAUAGCUCGUAUGAAUGAAAUCACCGAAUUUCCAAUUUACUUUCUCGUGUGUUGUCUCCUAAAGAUCGAGAGGCUUUGAAUGCCAUCUGCUUGAAAGUUAUGUUGGGAUUAACUCAGGCAACCUUCCAGGUGGUCGUCCAUGGAGGAUCUAUCAGGGAGAAACCUUCCAGCAAGGAUGAGGCGCGCCAGUUCAUCAAAGGUUUGCUGAAUGUGGUUCUUUCUCUCCUCUUUUUUUGUUUGUUGACUUCUGCUGCACGCAUUUGUCAACGUCACUUUGACUUUUUGCAGGGUAUUCUGGUGGGCUUGCCUCCACAGUGGGUUCUGUGCUUGUCACCAACCUCAAGACAGGCAUCAGAAGUGCGGGGUGGGACAAGGCAGAAGUAUGCCUUUUAUCUUGGCUUAUAGUCUUUAACAUUUUAUGGCCCAAACUUAUAAAGGGCAUGUGAGAGGAAAUACACGAAUGUAAUGUAAAAGUGCAGAUUUUUUGAGAAUGGUAACUUCUCGAAACUAAUAAUAACCUGUAUUUGGCAAAGUGAAGAACGCCUUAACCUGAGUUAAUUGAUCCUUCGGGCACCUCCAGAUUUCUUUGUAAUCCGAGUGGAUUUUAACCGUGAUGAACAUCAUUGCUCCCUUAUAUUUCUUGCCAUUUUACUCCCACUCACUUUGGUCCUCUAUUUUUGCCAUUUUUCUAGGUCUAUUUCCAUGCGAUUCCCGAGGAAGUCAUUGAGAGUCUGGUACUGCAAAACCCACCAUUUAUUUCCUUUUUUUUCAGAUAAUUUCCACCUUUUCAAUCAGAUAUUUGAUCGAGAGUGCAGUUUUUUUGGUAAGUUUUUUGCUCCAUUUAGAUAAAUAUUCUGAAGCAAUUCCAUGUUUUUUUUUUGGCUUUGAGUUCCUAGAUUGAGGAGGGUACUGUGCUCUAUGUGGCAGGAGGCCUCAUGGUGGAGCACCCCUUGACAUCACCAUUUGUUGAUUCUGUGGUGGGUCCUGUUGUCUAUCCACCUCUUUGGCCGCUUUUCUGCUCCCUGCUGGCCUCCUCAAUAUGUUGACAAAACCAUGCCAUUUGAUGUGAUGUAGGUGGGAUCUAUUGACAGUGUGAUGGGGCUUCCAAAGGCUCUGACUGAGAAGCUCCUAAGAGAAGUUCUAUAG